AUGCUGUCUUACAAAGAGAGCGAGGAGGAAGGUCCCAUCCUGGAAACAGACAAUGUGAGGAGCCCAUCUCUUGAGAACGAUGAGGGCACAUCAGAAGUGUCAGAUGAGGAGGGUGUGCUGGAAAUCGUCGAGGAUGGAAACUCAAGUGAUGGUGAACAGGGUGAAGAUGAAAGUAAUGGAGCCAAAGAGAAUGAUGAUGGUGGUGAUGAAGCAGAAGAUGGCGAUGAGGCAGAGGAGGGUGGGGUAAAAGAAGAGGGGGAAGAAGAAAAUUCAGAAGUACAGCCUCAAGCUGAAGUAGAAAAAAGCUUACAGAUGAACCCUCAAGAUGAAGAAACAAGUUCAGUGCCUGUAGAAGACACUCCAGUAUCCCCUACCAAAGAGGACUCUUCAUUCGUGCAUGAUGCGCCUGCGUCUCUCCCUGCUGAAGAAAGUCCAUCAUCUCCACUAGAAGCGACACCAUCUCCUCCUACCCCUGUUGAUGUGCCGGCAUCGCCAACGGAAGAUGUGGUCCCGGGGGCAUCACCUUUUGAUAGUGGAGAAGACUCCUCAGCACCUGUCUCUCCUGAAGAAGUGCCAGCAGAUGAGCAAUCAGCAGAGGUUUCAGGAGAAGGUGAAGAUGAGCAAGAAAACGACGAAAAGAGGACCGCAGACAUCAAUGAAGGCGACGAAGAAGACACACAGGACAAUGCAUCUUCGCCAAAGGAAAUUGAAAGUCCCGAGGCUGAACCGGAAGAAGAGGAAGGGGAAGAGCUGGAAGAAAGCAGUUUGGCAGCUGGUGGACCAUGUGACGACAUCGCAUCCUCUGCACCAGAGGAGUCUAAAAAGGCAGAUCAUGGUGGUGUCCUCCUGGGCAACCUCCUUGAUACUGAAGAUAUAUCUUCUUUUGAAGAAGAAGGCCUUCUUGAAGAUACCAGUAAUGGCAUGGAGGAUAUAUCGGAGCCUAGUAGCCCAGAUAGCUUGGUGGACAAUCUUGAAGCUGUUGUCAGGGAGCAGGAGGAGCCUUGGCGACAAGAGUCAAGGGACACUGAAUGCCCAGUGCAUGAGGAGCGGAAGACAAAGCACAAGAAAGAAACUUGUCAGCAUCGGAAGCACCGGCGUCACCGGCGGACGAACAGCAAUAAUGAGAACAGUGAAGAAGGUGAGAUUGUUGAAGAAAGGUCUCCGUCAUCUUCAAGCCGACGACGAAAGGAGAGAGACAAGCAUAGCAGCAGUGGAAGCAGCAGCAAAGAGCACACUCGGCACAGCAGCAAAUACCGACGACGGAGCAGCUCAAGAGAACGCCACGAGCACAGGCACAGCAGUCACCACCGUAGAGACCACUAA